AGCUUUAUCACAAUUUGUUCUUCAUUCACAAACCCAGAAAAUCAUUCACAAUCCCAGAGAAUUUUCGUAAACCCAGAAAAGCUUAUCUAACCCAUCGAUUACAACCCGUCCAAACUAACCAAAUCCAGGCUCCUUCUCCUCCUCAAACCCAGAAUUGGAACCCCAAAAAGUAACAACACAAGAAUAAAAAUGCAUGCAUCAGAAUCCUUCUCCCACUGUGGCCACUAGUCUUGCAUCAGACCUUGUACUCAUCGAUAUCCAACUGGCCUUAGGCUCGUCAAUCUCGGCCUUAUGCUUAUCAAUCUUUGCCUCGGUCACCAUCGCCUCCUACCUCCUCCGCCUCACGCACAACGCCCACCUUGCUGAAACUCCUUCCUAUGCCAAAGCAAAACCUGUAAAUAAAAAAAAGAUUAAGCCAGACUGGUCCAAUCAAUGCUCUCACUGGAACUCUCCGCCAUCGCCGCUUCUCGAUCCGCCCGUCACUUCUUGAGAUUUGAGCCAUCGCCGCCUGUCGAUCUCUCUGUCAUUUGCCUCUCGAUCUCUCUGCCAUCGUCACUGAUCUCGGCAAUCGUUGCCCUCGCAAUCUCUCUGGCAACAUCGCUGGUUAUCGCCAGAGGAGGCAGCUAGCGGUGAUAUUUUUGAGAGAGGAAGAAAGAGAUGAAGGCUUCAUUCUCUUUGAGAGUAUAGAAGGAGAUGAAAGGUCAUUUUUUGGAGAGAACAAAGAAGGGGAGAAAAGAAGGAAAGUUUAAAAGGGAAAGAAAGGGUAAAUGGGGAG